AUGUCUUCUUUAAUUAAAGACCUUGAGGGCCUUUCUUUGACCCACGAGGCUCCUGCUAAUAACGAGGAAUGGGCCUCGAUUCUCGCCAAGUCCGACGUGGCCAAGUUCGCUGGUCCCUACGAACUGACCAAGGUUCUUGUUUUUAAACCCAAGACCGCUAAGACUGCUACUCCAGUUCCUGUCGUUGUUGUGGCUCUCAAUUCGACUCAGACUGCUUCGAAUAUCGUGGCUAAAGCUGCUGGUGUUAAGGAACCUCGUCUCGCUAAUAAGGACCUCAUUAAUGAGUUCUUCGGCACCGAGCCUCAAAAUGUCAGUCCUAUUUCUAUCACAAAGGAAAAUGCUAGCAAAUUGAAGAUUCUUAUCGACUCCAAGGCUGCUGAGAAAUCUACUUUAUUGGCCAUUCACACCGAUUCCAAUGCCAAGACCGCUUUCAUUACUGGUGAUAAGCUCAUCGAGGCCUACGAGUCUAUUGCUGCUGAUGUCACUGUAGUUGAUUUCGCUAAAGAAGCUGCCGCUGCUGCUGCUUCUGCUACUCCUACUGCUGGCUCUGGUGCUGACAAGUCGGCAAAAUCUGGUUCUGCUGGUGCCGUUGCUAAGGCUUCUGCUAAUGAGGGUAAGAUUGAUGGUGCCGCUCUUAUCGGUAUCACUUCUGAUAAGGAACUUGAUUUCCCCGGUUGGUACCAACAAAUUGUCACCAAGGCUGAAUUGCUGGACUACUAUGAUGUUUCUGGUUGUUACAUUAUGAGACCUGGUUCUUAUUCUAUUUGGGAAAAGGUCCAGAAUUAUCUUGAUACCCGUAUCAAGUCGAUUGGUGUUCAAAACGCUUACUUCCCCAUGUUUGUUUCCUCUCGUGUUUUGGAGAAGGAGAAGGAUCAUAUUGAAGGUUUUGCUCCUGAAGUCGCUUGGGUCACCAAGGCUGGUCAGUCUGAUCUUGAGGAGCCUUUGGCUAUUCGUCCUACUUCCGAGACUGUCAUGUAUCCUUACUACGCCAAGUGGAUUCGUUCGUACCGUGAUUUGCCUUUGCGUCUUAACCAAUGGAACUCGGUUGUUCGUUGGGAGUUCAAACAUCCUCAACCAUUCUUGAGAACUCGUGAGUUCUUAUGGCAAGAGGGCCAUACUGCCCAUCUCACUAAGGAAGCUGCUGCUGAGGAGGUGUUGCAAAUUCUUGAGUGGUAUGCUGGUGUUUAUGAAGAGCUUCUUGCUGUUCCUGUUAUCAAGGGUACCAAGACUGAUAAGGAGAAAUUCGCCGGUGGUCUUUACACUACUACUUGUGAGGGUUAUAUUCCCACUACCGGUAGAGGUAUUCAAGGAGCCACUUCGCACGCUCUUGGCCAGAACUUCUCCAAGAUGUUCAACAUUGUCGUUGAAGAUCCCGAGGGCUCUGAUAAGCCCAAGAUCAAUGUCUGGCAAAACUCGUGGGGUCUUUCAACUCGUGUCAUUGGUGUCAUGGUCAUGAUCCACUCUGACAACAAGGGUCUUGUUCUUCCUCCUCGUGUUGCUAGCAACCAAGUUGCCGUUAUUCCUGUCGGAAUCACUGCCAAGACCACCAGUGACGAGCGUGACGCUAUUAUCAAUGGUGCUAAGAAUGUUGAGAAGACUAUUGGCGAUGCUGGUGUUCGUGUGUUUGGUGACUACCGUGAUAACUACUCUCCUGGUUGGAAGUUUGCCGAUGCUGAGCUUAAGGGUGUUCCUCUUCGUGUCGAGUUUGGUCCUGCUGAUCUUAAGAAGAACCAGGUUGUUGCCGUUCGUCGUGACAAUGGUGUCAAGACCGUCAUCCCCAUUGCUUCUCUUGCCGACGAGAUUCCUAAGCUUCUUGAGACCAUUCAAGCCGAUCUUUACACCAAGGCUAAGAAGCAAUUCGACGAACACAUCGUCCCUGUUACCACUGUUGCUGAGAUGACUCCUCUCCUCAACAAGAAGAACAUUCUCCUUGCUCCCUUCUGUGGAGAGGAAGAGUGUGAGGACAGCAUCAAGGAGACCACUGCUCGUCGCGACGACGACGAAGAGGUCGAUGAAAAGGCUCCUUCCAUGGGUGCCAAGUCUUUGUGUAUUCCUUUCGAACAACCCGAACUCAAGGAGGGCACCAAGUGUGUCAACUGUGACCGUCUUGCCAAGGCACACACCCUCUUUGGCCGUUCUUACUAG